AUGCGAUUGCAACGCUUGGAGAGCCAACCCAAUAAAGAACCGUCACAAUCCUUCAGUUUAUCAAAUGAAUCUACACUAGUGGAGCAAUAUUCGGUAUUGAAUGAUAAGCUUAUUGAUAUCAAUCCAAGAAUAGAUAAAUUCUCUAUUAAAGAACCGUCUGACGAGCUCCCAAUUCUCAAUUCUGUGAGAAAGUCAAAACUUUCAAAUAAUUUAAUACACUCAAGAAAAUACAAAGAUGCUUUAGAAAUUUUAGGAAUAUACUAUUACAAUUAUCAGUCCAUAUUGAACUUUGAAAAUUCAGAAAUAUGUCAUUCUAUUAACCCACAUCUAACAUUCCGUCAAUUUCUUAAGAUCUUUGAAGUGUUUUACUUUUUGGCAUCAAAUCCCAUAAUACAUGGCGAGUACCAGGAAACCUCAGAUGAUACUACUGGGUCCUUGUUAGAUAAAAACUACAGGCUUUCAAAGUUACUAUCCAAGUUUUUGAUCAAUUUUUUAAUGUCUAUAAACUCCUUGUUCAAGUUUAAAUUCCGAGAGGAUCCUAUUAGUAAAGGCGCCAAAAUGACGAAUUUUAGGCAAUUUGAUGAAUUAUUUUUUAAAGCACUUUUGGCAACACUAAAAAAUAAGCGAAAUAUCUUCAAUAGAAAGAAGAGUGAGAGGAAUAAUGGUAAUCGUUCUUUACUUGGUUGUCAUUUGAAAAGCACUAUGAUGCUCAGAAUUUAUGCCCAAUUUCUAAAGAGCGCCAUGAGCUGCGACCCUGAAUUUUGCGGGAAGUUAAUAUUUCAAAUGUUUGUCGAUAAUUGUGUUAAACUUGAAUACUUAGUGAUGAUCAUUAUAUUCCAUAAUUCUUUCCCAAAAGAGGAUAGGUUUAAGAAGUCUUUACAUGAACGGCCUGGCGAUUUUAAAGCUAUCUUCAAGAAGCAUAAACAACGGCACCAACCAUUCUUCAAAAUAUUUAAAAUUUCUUUUCUUCAGUUCACUAAAAGUGACUCUAGGCACAAGAUUUUGCUAUUAAAUUUUUUAGACAAAUAUCAUUUCAGUAUCGCCGCUGGUGACUCCACAAAAGUUGACCCUGCAGGAUUUGAAUUUGUUAUUAUGGUGAUGCUUGAGAUUCUCAAAAUCCUAAUUGAUUGCAUCUUGGAAAAUAAAUUGGUCACCAGACUUUCAAACGACGAUAAAACAGCUGCGUUAUCAUUCAAACAGCUUCGAACAUUCAGAAGGAAACUUUUGGCUCACCUUUUGGUUCUCAACAAUGCCAAAAUUUUGUCUUCAUUCAACGCUAUAGAUUGGGAAUUGUUUUUAGAUGAAAAAUGGAAGACUUGUUGA